UCGGAGCUAGCCUCGCGCGGAGGAAGCCGGGCGGCCAUCUUGGCUCGUCUGGGAGCGGCGGAGGGGCGGGGGGCAGGGGGCAGGCAGGCAAGCGUAACAGGCGGGCACCCAGCUUCCCCAGUCCAGCCGCGGCCCGCAGGGUGCAGGCCCUUCGGAGACUGGAGCAGGCGGGUAGAGACGGGCCGGGAUGCGAGCGGCUGCCCGGUGAAGAGGGGCUGCGGCGGGGGAAGGAGAGGGGAGUCCCCUCAGCGGCGGGCCUGCGCUGGCCGCCGUGCCCCGGGCCGCAGCGUAGAGGGGCCGGCGACAGAAACCCGGCUGUGCAGCGGAGCCCUGCCGCCUCCUCCUUCCCGCCCGCCCUGCGUUACCCCUGCCGCGCACUCGCCGCCUUCCUUCCCCUGGCUCCAUCCCUUCCCGGUUGAUGAGGCGCUCCCCUUCCCUCUGCUAACCCCGCGGACCCCGGCCUGGCCGUAGGAUGAGCUCGGAGAAGGCGAGGCCGCUCCGCUCCCUGAGGAGGAUCUAGCUCGGGCGUGAGGCGCCGCCAAAGGGUGGGGGGCACCGACGCGACGCCGCCCCCCGCCAGCCACCUCGUCCUUCAUGGUGGCUCUCUGCGACCACCAUCUCCGAGCAGACGCGCAGCCCGGCCCUGGGGGCCCGUGUGUGUCUGAACGCGCCGCCUUCGCGGCCGCCCGAGUGAAGUAAAAUGUCCACUCGGACUCCAUUGCCCACGGUGAACGAGCGCGACACCGAGAACUCAAAAGACAUAUUUUUGUUGAUGCAAGCGGACAAUUCCUGUUGGCUACAUGUCUCAGGUGACUCAAGUCAAAGGAAUUCUAAGAGUGGAGGCAUUUGUCUCUCCAGAUCUCCCUUUCAUAUGAUAUCACACGUCCCAUGGAGACGGACGGCAGGAAGUUUCCUCUCGGACUGGGCGCUCUGGAGCUCGCUGCAGGAACUCUAUAGCUUCCUGCACAGAUGAGCAGCCACAUAUUGGAAAUUACAGACUCCUUAAAACAAUUGGAAAGGGGAAUUUUGCAAAAGUAAAACUGGCAAGGCACAUCCUAACUGGCAGAGAGGUUGCCAUAAAAAUAAUUGACAAAACACAGUUGAACCCAACUAGUCUACAAAAGCUCUUCAGAGAAGUAAGAAUAAUGAAGAUCUUAAAUCAUCCAAAUAUAGUGAAGCUAUUUGAAGUCAUUGAAACUGACAAAACUCUCUAUUUAAUAAUGGAAUAUGCAAGUGGGGGGGAAGUGUUUGACUAUCUGGUUGCACAUGGAAGAAUGAAGGAAAAGGAGGCUAGAGCUAAAUUUAGACAGAUAGUAUCUGCAGUGCAGUAUUGCCAUCAAAAGCAUAUUGUUCAUAGAGACCUCAAGGCUGAAAAUCUAUUGCUAGAUGCAGAUAUGAACAUUAAAAUAGCAGACUUUGGGUUUAGCAAUGAGUUUACAGUCGGAAAUAAACUGGACACCUUUUGUGGCAGCCCACCAUAUGCUGCUCCAGAGCUCUUUCAAGGGAAGAAAUACGAUGGACCUGAAGUAGAUGUUUGGAGUUUAGGUGUUAUUCUUUAUACUCUUGUGAGUGGAUCUCUUCCUUUCGAUGGACAGAACUUAAAGGAACUUCGAGAAAGAGUGCUCAGGGGAAAGUACAGGAUUCCUUUCUACAUGUCCACAGACUGUGAAAACCUCCUCAAACGUUUCCUGGUGCUAAACCCAACAAAAAGAGGCACUCUAGAGCAAAUCAUGAAGGACAGGUGGAUCAAUGCAGGGCAUGAGGAGGAUGAACUUAAACCUUUUUUUGAACCAGAAUUAGACAUCUCGGACCAGAAAAGAAUAGAUAUUAUGGUAGGAAUGGGAUAUUCUCAAGAAGAAAUUCAAGAAUCACUUAGUAAAAUGAAGUAUGAUGAAAUCACAGCUACAUACUUACUGUUAGGAAGGAAAUCAUUGGAGUUGGAUGCAAGUGAUUCAAGCUCCAGCAGCAAUCUUUCACUUGCCAAAGUUAGGCCAAGUAAUGAUCUUAAUAAUAGCACUGGACAAUCUCCUCAUCACAAAAUUCAGAGAAGCAUAUCUUCUAGCCAGAAACAGCGGCGGUACAGUGAUCAUGCUGGACCAUCCAUCCCCUCAGUAGUGGCGUAUCCCAAAAGAAGCCAGACUAGUACUACAGACAGUGACCUCAAAAAGGAAGGAAUUCAGUCAAGAAAAUCCAGCAGUACUGCAGUUGCAGGAAGAGGAAUUGCACCAGCUAGUCCAAUGCUUGGAAAUGCCAGCAAUCCCAAUAAGGCUGAUAUUCCUGAACGUAAGAAAGGUUCAGCUGUUCCUAGUAAUAAUACUGCCCCCGGAGCAAUGACACGGCGCAACACAUAUGUUUGUAGUGAAAGAACCACUGCUGAUAGGCAUUCAGUGAUACAAAAUGGCAAGAAGAACAGCCUGACAGAAAUGUCCGCUUACGCAGCUAGCCCUGCUUCAGUUUGUACUACAUCCUUCUCCAGUGUUCGGCUGCGACAUCAGAAGUCGAUGUCCAUGUCAGCCUCUGUGCACACGAAGAUGAUGUUGCCUCCAAUAGACAAUGGCGCAGAUAACUUCAGGCCUAUCACUAUUCCCGAUCAAAGAACUCCUGUUGCUUCAACUCACAGCAUUAGCAGCGCAACCACACCUGACCGUAUUCGUUUCCCCAGAGGAACAGCUAGUCGGAGCACUUUCCACGGACAGCUCAGAGAGAGACGUACUGCUACCUACAACGGACCGCCAGCCUCCCCCAGUCUGUCCCAUGAAGCAACACCACUCUCACAGACUCGAACCAGGGGAUCCACUAAUCUGUUUAGUAAACUAACUUCAAAACUCACAAGAAGAAACAUGUCAUUCAGGUUUAUCAAAAGGCUCCCGACUGAAUAUGAGAGGAACGGGAGAUUUGAGGGCUCAAGCCGCAAUGUAGCUGUGGAUCAGAAGGAUGAGAACAAGGAAGCCAAGCCUCGGUCUCUACGUUUUACCUGGAGCAUGAAAACCACCAGCUCCAUGGAUCCUAAUGAAAUUAUGAGGGAAAUACGAAAGGUCCUGGACGCCAAUAAUUGUGACUAUGAACAAAGAGAGCGUUUCUUGCUUUUCUGUGUCCAUGGAGAUGGGCAUGCGGAAAACCUUGUACAGUGGGAGAUGGAGGUGUGUAAACUGCCAAGACUGUCCCUGAAUGGAGUUCGCUUUAAGCGGAUAUCGGGAACAUCCAUAGCUUUCAAAAACAUUGCUUCCAAAAUUGCCAAUGAGUUAAAGCUGUAACAAGAAAAAUAGUGAAGUUGGAAAUUAGUUAGCAGUUUCAAGUGUUUUUGAGAAUUCCGAUGGAAAUGUAUAGAAUAACAUUUAGGCAAUAACUUCUGCAUCCUUCUGAAUAGCGAUAUUAAAAAAAAAAAAAAGCUGCUGAGCUGGGAGGGAGAGUUGAACUUUUUUAUAAGUGCACUACAGCAUUAAAGUUGCCUACUAUGUAAAAUAUUACCCCUUCUGCUUUAUUUCCAUUGCUCCUAAGUCUUUGACAACAAAUUGAAACACAGAAUAUAUUCAUUUAAAUAUGCCUCCUGUUUGUGUGGAUGUGUGAAUGUACAGUAUGUGUGUAUAAUAUAUAAAGUAUUAUAUGUAAACAAUUCAUUUACAACAUUGAGCUGUACCAGUACCUCUUUUUGGGCUAAUUUUGGUGCUAAAAAUUGAAAUGGCCAAGGAGGAAACACUUGAGUUAAAUAUUUAAAAUAACUGAAGCGAUAACUAGUAAAUGCAGGUUUACAGUUCACUGCUGUGUUAAGAAAAAAAAGUGUGUGAAGGGUUUGGAUUUACGGUUGUGAACAUUAUUAGUCCUGUUUUCUAAGUAGAUCUCAUGAGAUUAUUAAAAAUUCACUUUUACUGAGUAA